AUGACGUCUCGCAAGGUCCAGCAGGAAAUCGACAAGACCUUCAAGAAGGUAGAAGAAGGGAUACAAGCUUUCGACGGCAUAAACGAGAAAAUUAUGACCUCUACGAACGCAGCGCAGAAAGACAAACAAGAAGACAACUUGAAACGAGAAAUCAAAAAGCUCCAGAGGUUCCGCGACCAGAUCAAAACCUGGGCCGCUGGCAACGAUGUCAAGGAUAAGGCGCCACUGCUGGAGCAGCGGAAGAGGAUAGAAAAAUGUAUGGAGCAGUUCAAAGCGGUAGAAAAGGAGAUGAAGACCAAGGCUUAUUCCAAGGAGGGCCUGUCUCAGAAUGCGAAGCAGGAUCCGGAAGAGAAGAGACGAGAGGAGCUGUGCGACUUCUUAGUAAGUCAAUUAGACGAGAUCGAACAGUUUAUCGAAGCGUUGGACGCGGAGCAGGAUACGCUACAAGCAGCAGUCAAGAAGAAGAAGAAUGAUACUUCCAAGUCUGGCCGGCUAUCAGAAAUUGAUGUGGUGCUAGAGCGGUUCAAGUGGCAUGAAGGGAAAAUACAGCUUCUGCUACGAUCGUUGCAGAACGGAAAUGUAGAUAAUCACCAGGUGGAGGAGCUUAAGGACGGCAUAGAAUAUGCAUUAAAGGAGGGCCGAGAAGCCGAUUUCGAAGGAGAAGAUCCCGAUCUGUACGAAGGUCUCAAUCUCGAGGGCGAAGAAGCAGUAUUUGGCAUGGGUGUGGACAACGAUAAGAUUUCAUCUCAAGACGCCUUAUCAAUACAGGACGAAGCAGAUUCCGAGCCACCUGGGCUGAAGAAGGUGAAAUCAGAACCACCCACUGCUCGAAGACCGUCAACGCAGAUGAAGUCUCCACUACCAGUACUAGCUUCAUUGAAUACAAUGCCGCCACCACCGUCAAUACCCAAAGACACAAGCAUGAAGCCAGCUCCAGCGCCUACCCGGCCACCUGGAGAAGCGCUGAAGUAUGCUUCUGCUGCCGCUGCAGCAGCAGCGAGCGAUAAGAAUGGUGUGGGCAUAGCUCCUUUACCACCUCCGCCUAUCGCGGCCAGCCCUACCCCUGCUCUCGUUCCGUUACCUGCUCCAUCGAAACCAAGCAUCACAGCCUCACCCCCGCCAGUACCUUCAGCUCCUGUGCAACCAGUCACGAAGGCAUCGACCGAGGAGGCGGCAAGCACCAAUGGCGCAUCAUCGCAUGAUCAGUCGAAGUCACCAACACUGAGUCAAGCCAGUGCUCGUGCAUUGAGCAUACCAAGCAGCGUCCCUCCUACUCCAGCUUUGGAAAAGGCCGAGAACGUACCAACUCCGGUAAUUGCCGAUGAGGCGCUGACCACCAAUGGUGAAGUAUUCGAAGAGCCUCAGGACACGGAAGAAUCCAUCUAUCAUCUCCCGGCCAGCCUGCAGGAUUUGAUACAGUCUUUUGAAACAACGAAAAGUCGAAUCCCCUUGCAACCGAAUCCAUCUCAGCAACGCCUAUUGGCAGCCUCACGAGAAUCAUGUCCAGACGCGCCGGAUGCCGAGCGGCCCCAGCACUACAAGCCACAAUUUCGGUUUAACACCCCGGCGCACUAUCCCCAGGAACCCUUACCCAUCUUCGAUGAUCCUGCUCUGUACGAGACUGGACGGAUAGAUACCGACACUCUCUUUUACAUCUUCUAUUAUCGGCAAGGGACCUACCAGCAAUAUCUGGCCGCUAAAUCGCUGAAGAACCAGAGUUGGAGGUUCCAUAAGCAAUAUCAGACUUGGUUUCAACGGCAUGAGGAACCUAAAACGAUCACGGAAGAGUUCGAACAGGGAACGUAUCGCUUCUUUGACUAUGAGAGCACCUGGAUGAAUCGUAGGAAGGCAGAUUUCAAGUUUCUCUACAAGUAUCUGGAAGACGAUCUGUAA